AUGAAAGUUGAUUAUCUGAAUCUUGUCCUGAUCUGUCUCUCUUCUCCAGGGUCCUUCAGGAAUGAUGGGAUUAAGGCAUCUGAUGUCCUGCCUGUGCUGAAAGAGAAAGUGGCCUUUGUGUCAGGAGGUCGUGAUAAGAGAGGUGGCCCCAUACUGACCUUCCCUGCCAGAAGCAACCAUGACAGAAUAAAACACGAGGAACUGCGGCGGCUGGUGACCUAUCUCUCCACUGUGCCCAGUGAGGAUGUGUGCAAGCGGGGCUUCACAGUGAUCAUUGAUAUGCGUGGUUCCAAGUGGGACUUGAUCAAGCCUCUACUGAAGACCCUGCAGGAAGCCUUCUCUGCUGAGAUCUGCGUGGCGCUCAUCAUCAAACCGGACAACUUCUGGCAGAAGCAGAAAACCAACUUUGGCAGUGCCAAAUUCACUUUUGAGACUAGCAUGGUGUCAGUGGAGGGCCUGACUAAGUUGGUGGACCCGUCCCAGCUGACAGACGACUUUGAGGGCUCUCUGGAGUACAACCACGAGGAGUGGAUGGAUCUGCGCGUGGCCCUGGAGGAGUUCAUGGGCUCGGCUGUGCACCUCCUCUCCCGCCUGGAGGACCUUCAGGAGCUGCUGGCCAAGAAGGAGUUCCCGGUGGACGUGGAGGGCUCCCGGCGGCUCAUCGACGAGCACACGCAGCUCAAGAAGAAGGUGAUGAAGGCUCCCGUGGAGGAGCUGGACAGGGAGGGCCAGAGGCUGCUUCAGUGUAUUCGAUCUAGUGAUGGGUUUUCUGGGAGGAACUGCAUCUCGGGUAGUGCUGACUUCCAGAGCGUGGUGCCUAAGAUCGCCAGCCUGCUGGACAAGCUGCACUCCACCAGACAGCACCUGCACCAGAUGUGGCAUGUCCGCAAGCUCAAGCUGGACCAGUGUUUCCAGCUCCGCCUCUUUGAGCAGGACGCAGAGAAGAUGUUUGACUGGAUCAGUCACAAUAAGGAAGUGUUCCUGCAGAGCCACACAGAGAUAGGAGUCAGCUACCAACACGCCGUGGACCUCCAGACGCAGCACAAUCACUUUGCCAUGAAUUCUAUGAAUGCCUAUGUGAACAUCAACCGGAUCAUGUCGGUGGCGUCGCGGCUGUCGGAGGCGGGCCACUACGCCUCGCAGCAGAUCAAACAGAUCUCGGCCCAGCUGGACCAGGAGUGGAAGAGCUUCGCCGCCGCCCUGGAUGAACGCAGCACCAUCCUGGCCAUGUCAGCUGUCUUCCACCAGAAGUCGGAACAGUUCCUGGCUGGGGUGGAGGCCUGGUGUAAGAUGUGUAGUGAGGGGGGACUGCCCUCGGAUAUGCAGGACCUGGAGCUGGCCAUCCACCACCACCAGAGCCUCUACGAACAAGUGACCCAGGCCUACACCGAGGUCAGUCAGGAUGGCAAGGCACUGCUGGAUGUCCUCCAGAGACCAUUGAGCCCGGGGAACUCGGAAUCUCUGACGGCCACAGCCAACUACUCCAAGGCAGUCCACUGUAUCCUGGACGUGGUCCACGAGGUCCUGCACCACCAGAGACGCCUGGAGAGCAUCUGGCAGCACCGCAAGGUCCGCCUGCACCAGAGGCUACAGCUCUGUGUGUUCCAACAGGACGUCCAACAGGUGAUGGACUGGAUAGAGAACCACGGAGAGGCAUUCCUCAGCAAGCACACAGGCGUGGGCAAGUCCCUCCACCGCGCCAGGGCACUGCAGAAACGGCACGACGACUUUGAGGAGGUGGCACAGAACACCUACACCAACGCAGACAAGCUCCUGGAGGCGGCCGAGCAGCUGGCCCAGACUGGGGAAUGUGACCCGGAGGAGAUCUACAAAGCAGCACGGCACCUGGAGGUCAGGAUCCAAGACUUUGUCCGGCGGGUGGAGCAGAGGAAACUGCUGCUGGACAUGUCGGUCUCCUUCCACACCCACACCAAAGAGUUGUGGACUUGGAUGGAGGAUCUCCAGAAGGAGCUGCUGGAGGAGGUGUGUUCAGACUCGGUGGAGUCAGUCCAGGAGCUCAUCAAGCAGUUCCAGCAGCAGCAGACGGCCACGCUGGAGGCUACGCUCAACGUCAUCAAGGAGGGAGAGGACCUCAUCCAGCAGCUCAGGGACGCUGCCAUGUCCACCAACAAGAUGCCCCACAACAGCUCCAUCGCCCACAUCGAGAGUGUCCUGCAGCAGCUGGAUGAGGCCCAGGGCCAGAUGGAGGAGCUGUUCCAUGAGAGGAAGAUCAAGCUGGACAUCUUCCUGCAGCUACGCAUUUUUGAGCAGUACACCAUCGAGGUGACGGCGGAGCUGGACUCGUGGAACGAGGACCUGCUGCGCCAGGUGAAUGACUUCAACUCGGAGGACCUGACCCUGGCCGAGCAGCGGCUGCAGCGCCACACGGAGCGCAAGCUGGCCAUGAACAACAUGACCUUCGAGGUGAUGCAGCAGGGACAGGACCUACACCAGUACAUCAUGGAAGUCCAGGCCUCAGGCAUUGAGCUGACUGGGGAAAAGGAGGUGGAUCUGGCCACUCAGGUCCAGGAGCUGCUGGAGUUCCUCCAUGAGAAGCAGCAUGAGCUGGACGUCAGCGCUGACAAGACCCAGAAGAGACUGCAGGAGUGUCUGCAGCUCCGGCACCUGCAGUCAGAGGUCAAACAGGUCCUGGGCUGGAUCCGGAAUGGGGAUUCCAUGCUGAAUGCCAGCAUGGUGAAUGCCAGCUCGCUGUCAGAGGCAGAGCAACUCCAGAGGGAGCACGAACAGUUCCAGUUGGCCAUCGAGUCCCUGUUUCAUGCCAAUUCCCUCCAGAAGACCCACCAGAGUGCCCUGCAGGUGCAGCAGAAGGCUGAGGUCAUGCUCCAGGCAGGCCACUUUGACCCGGACGGCAUACGGGCCUGCGCCGAGAAGGUGGCCAUGCACUGGCAGCAGCUCAUGCUCAAGAUGGAGGAUCGACUCAAGCUGGUCAAUGCUUCUGUGGCCUUCUACAAGACCUCAGAGCAGGCUUGUACAUUGGCCAGGAGAAAUGCUGAGGUGUUCCUGAAGUACAUCCACAGGAAUAAUGUGGGUAUACCUGGUGCUUCAGGCCAUGCCAGAGGACCUGAGCAGCAGGUUAAAGCCAUCCUCAACGAGCUACUCCAGAGGGAGAACCGGGUUCUGCACUUUUGGACCAUGAAGAAACGCCGCCUGGAUCAGUGCCAGCAGUACGUGGUGUUUGAACGUAGCGCCAAACAGGCUUUAGACUGGAUCCAGGAAACAGGAGAGUAUUACCUCUCCACUCACACCUCCCCUGGAGAGAGCGGCGAGAGGAGUCAGGAACUACUGAAGGAGUAUGAGGAAUUCCGAGUCUACGCCAAGCAAACCAAGGAGAAGGUGAAGCUCCUCAUUCAGUUGGCAGACAGCUUCGUCGAGAAGGGACAUGUGCACGUCAUUGAGCUGAAGAAGUGGGUCACCACAGUGGACAAGCGCUACCGAGACUUUUCCCUCCGGAUGGGGAAGUACCGCUCCAGCCUGGAGAAAUCACUGGGCAUCAGCUCCGAGGAUAAUAAGGACUUGGAGCUGGACAUCAUCCCGGCCAGCCUGACUGAUCCUGGGGAGGUGAAGCUCCGCGACCCCAACCACGAGGUCAACGAGGAGAAGAGGAAGUCAGCCAGGAAGAAAGAGUUCAUCAUGGCUGAACUCCUUCAGACUGAGAAGGCCUAUGUCAGGGACUUGCAUGAAUGUUUAGAGACGUACCUGUGGGAGAUGACGAGUGGGGUGGAGGAGAUCCCGCCUGGCAUCGUCAACAAGGAGCACAUCAUCUUCGGCAACAUCCAGGAGAUUUAUGAUUUCCAUAACAGCAUUUUCCUCAAAGAGCUAGUGAACUAUGAACAGCUACCUGAAGAUGUGGGCCAUUGUUUUGUCACAUGGGCUGAUAAAUUCCACAUGUAUGUAAAUUACUGUAAAAACAAACCAGAUUCCAGCCAACUCAUCUUGGAGCAUGCUGGAAGCUUCUUCGAUGAAAUCCAGCAGCGACACGGAUUGGCCAACUCAAUCUCCUCCUACCUUAUCAAGCCAGUGCAGAGGAUCACUAAGUAUCAGCUUCUCCUCAAGGAGCUGCUGACCUGCUGUGAGGAGGGGAAGGGGGAGAUUAAGGACGGCCUGGAGGUGAUGCUUAGUGUCCCCAAGAGGGCCAACGACGCCAUGCACGUCGCCAUGCUGGAAGGUUUCGAUGAGAAUCUGGACGUGCAGGGAGAGCUGUUCAUCCAGGACACGUUCCAGGUGUGGGAUCCCAAGUCUCUGAUCCGGAAGGGCCGGGACCGCCAUCUCUUCCUGUUCGAGAUCUCCUUGGUGUUCAGCAAGGAGAUCAAGGACUCGGCCGGCCGCACCAAAUAUGCCUUCAAGAACAAACUGCUGACAUCAGAACUGGGCGUGACAGAGCACAUUGAAGGGGACCCAUGUAAGUUUGCCCUGUGGGCUGGAAGGACCCCCUCAUCUGACAACAAGACUGUCCUCAAGGCAUCCAGUAUUGAAGCAAAGCAGGAGUGGAUCAAGAACAUCCGGGAGGUGAUCCAGGAGAGGAUCAUCCACCUCAAGGGGGCGCUGAAGGAGCCCAUCCACAUGCCCAAAACCCCUGCCAAGCCACGCAACAACAGCAAGAGGGAUGCUGGUGAGGAUGUAGACAGCCAGGGUGACGGCAGCAGCCAGCCAGACACCAUCUCCAUCGCCUCCAGGACCUCCCAGAACACUGUGGACAGUGAUAAGGUAGGAGGACGUCAGGAACAUCUCUUCUAUUCCCAAUAG